GACGGCGACGUGGACAUCCAGCAGAGGGAGAACGCGGUGCACUCCGUCGGCGACGGAGCUGGCCUGGAGGAGCUGCCAGGCACCGACCCCGCGCCAACGGCCGCCCCGGUCGACGUGGCCGCGGAGAGCCCUACCCUCGUCGACUCGACCGCGAUGGAUCGCGGCGUGCUCGACGACGGCGGCGACGACGGCCCCUCGCUCUCCCAGGAGGUGGCACGCAUGCUCGAAGACUCGACCCCGCCCAGCCCGCCGGCCCUGGUCGGCGAGAGCUUGCCCCCGCCCAGCCAGCAGGUGGGCGCCUCGUUCGACGAGAGCUUGCCCGCGCCCAGCCAGCAGGUAGGCGAUUCGCUCGUCGAGAGCUUGCCCGAGCCCAGCCAGCAGGUAGACGCGCGGUUCGACGAGAGCUUGCCCGAGCCCAGCGAGGGCGGCGCGCUCGAAGCGCCCCCGCCCGUCGAGGCAGCCGAGGUGGAGGCCCAGGAGGUCGAGGUUGUCCCCAGCCAGGAGUCCAUGGGCGAGGACGCGAAGCAGGCCAUGAAGCUGUCCGAGGAGCAACGUGCACUGGAGGAGAAGGGGGAAGAUGCGCAGUUGGAGGAGGCGCUCAGGCAGUCAGUGCUGGUGACUUCGGCCGACCAGCUCGCCAUGACCGAGAGCACCUCCGCGGCGUUCGCGGCCGCGGGCUUCCAGAACUCCCAGGACGUGGAGACCUUGAUGUACGAUGAUGCACGCAUGCACGAGGCAGAGGAAGCAGCUGUGGCAGCGGAUCUGGAGCUCGAUCGGUCGCUUGAGCAGACCAGCCGCGGAGCCACGCUGGGCAGGAAGCCCGCGAGCACGCCGAUGCGCAACCUCACCAAACAGCAGCUCGUCGACAAGAUCGAGAUGCAGUUCAAGGUCAUCGAGGACGAGGCUAUGGCGGAGGGUGCCAACGCGCUCGACAAGGCGGCAUCGUGCAUGACCACGUUCUUCCAGGGUAGCCUCAUCCACCAGCUGCGCAGCAAGCGCGAGAAGCCCCCUGACUCCAUCGAGGCCGAGAUCACAUCGCAGGUGGCAACGGAAGCGGAGCGGAAGGAGAUGGAGGCCGAGGCAAAACUGCGGGCACACGUGGAGGCGCAGGGUUUCGAGUUUUCCACGGCCAAGAUCGCGGGGAACCCGAUGGGAGGGCGUUGGGACAGGGCCCUCAACAACGACGCAUCGUUGAAGAAGCAGUACAUGGAGACGGAAGGAUACGCCAACAAACGGGAGUUUCGCAGCAGCUGGGCGACGAAGGAGCACUUGAAGUGGCAGAAGAAGCAGAAGCGCGUCCAGGCCACCAUCCACGAGAAGAUCGAGGAGAAGGGCGGGGAGUACAUGACGAUGGGGCGCAUCGCGCACAAGCUCGGCGGCGGCUCUGUCGGCAACCGCCUCGCUUGCAGGUACUGCGGCAAGGCGGUGGUCACGGGCUGCAUCUGGGUCAAGUGGUGCGAGAUGACGGACUCGUUGAUGUUCCUGUGGACCUCCCGCAAGUUCGAGGACGUCUACACCAAGAGCUGGGCCGACUACGAGCAGCGGGCCAAGACGACGCCGACGGACGAGCAGAUCGCGGCCGACGAGGAUCAGAUCUCGCCGCCGUCGGCCGAGGCGCAGUGCGCGCCGAACCAGCCCACCGCCGCGCUGGUCGACGGGGCGCCGCCGCCGCUCACCAAGAGCGCCCCCCUGGAGUCGGGCGAGAAGGCCGCCUCGAGGAAGGCCGUCGCGAAGAGGGCCGACAAAGGCGGCGACGGGGCCCCGGUGGAGGGCGGGGAGAGCGCCGACGGGGAGGCCGCCAGGAAGAAGCCGAAGCCAGCCCCGGCGCCGCCAUGGUUGGUGGACUUCCGCAAGCUGCGGACGCAGUACAGUUCGUGCAAGAGCCAG